AUGUUGACAGCUAUGUUCUUGGCUGGUCUCAUUCUUAUUACAGUACAUUCGCAGGAAACUGAGGAAACCAUAACAUACACGCAAUGCACAGAUGGCUAUGAAUGGGAUCCUGUUAGGCAACGGUGCAAAGAUAUUGAUGAAUGUGAAAUAGUCCCAGAUGCAUGUAAAGGUGGGAUGAAAUGUGUUAACCACUAUGGAGGAUACCUCUGUCUACCUAGAACAGCACAAAUUAUUGUAAAUGAGAGAGAAGAAGCAGGAGCAGCUGAGUCCACUAGUGGUCGGAACAACCCCAUCCGACGGACCCCAGCGGACCCUCAGCGUGCCCCUCCAAACCCAACCCACCAAAUCCAGUGUGCAGCUGGGUAUGAGCAAAGUGACCACAACGUCUGCCAAGACAUAGAUGAAUGUGCAACUGGAACCCAUAAUUGUAGAGCUGACCAAGUAUGUGUCAAUUUAAGAGGGUCCUUCAGCUGUCAGUGUCCUCCAGGCUAUCAGAAACGAGGGGAGCAGUGUGUUGACGUGGACGAGUGCACCCUGCCUCCCUACUGCCACCACCGCUGCGUGAACACCCCGGGCUCCUACUACUGCCAGUGCAACGCUGGCUUCCAGCUGGCAUCCAACAACCACACCUGCGUAGACAUAAACGAAUGUGAUGCCAAUAACCCGUGUGCCCAACAGUGUUACAACAUACUGGGUUCUUUCAUCUGUCAGUGUAAUCCAGGAUUUGAGUUAAGCAGUGACAGAAUCAACUGUGAAGACACUGAUGAAUGCAGAACUUCAAGUUACAUAUGUCAGUACCAGUGUGUCAAUGAACCAGGAAAAUUCUCCUGUGUCUGCCCUGAAGGGUACCAGGUAGUAGGAGGCAGAACCUGUCAUG